GCUGCUGCGGAGCCAGCGCGGCGAUGGGGAGCGGCGGCGUGGUCCACUGUAGGUGUGCCAAGUGUUUCUGUUAUCCUACGAAGCGAAGAAUAAGAAGGAGGCCCCGAAGCCUAACCAUCUUGAGUCUCCCCGAAGAUGUGCUCUUUCACAUCCUGAAAUGGCUUUCUGUUGGGGACAUCCUCGCUGUCCGAGCUGUACACUCCCACCUCAAGGACCUGGUGGACAACCAUGCCAGUGUGUGGGCGUGUGCCAACUUCCAGGAGCUGUGGCCUUCUCCAAAGAACCUGAAGCUCUUUGAAAGGGCUGCUGAGAAGGGAAAUUUUGAAGCCGCCGUGAAGCUGGGCAUAGCCUACCUCUACAACGAAGGCCUGUCUGUGUCUGAUGAGGCCCGUGCAGAAGUGAACGGCCUGAAGGCCUCUCACUUCUUCAGUCUGGCCGAGCGGCUGAGUGUGGGUGCAGCACCCUUCAUCUGGCUCUUCAUCCGCCCGCCCUGGUCGGUGUCCGGCAGCUGCUGCAAGGCCGUGGUGCACGAGAGCCUCAGGGCAGAGUGCCAGCUACAGAGAACUCACAAAGCGUCCAUCCUGCACUGCCUGGGCAGAGUGCUAAGUCUUUUUGAGGAUGAAGAGAAGCAGCAGCAGGCCCGUGACCUGUUUGAAGAGUCCGCUAAUCAGGGGUGUUUGACCAGCUCGUACCUCCUCUGGGAAAGUGACAGAAGGACAGAUAUGUCGGAUCCUGGACGGUGUCUCCACAGCUUCCGCAAACUCAGGGACUACGCUGCCAAGGGCUGCUGGGAAGCACAGCUGUCUCUAGCCAAAGCCUGUGCGAACGGGAGCCACCUCGGGCUGGAGGCGAAGGCGUCUGGUGAGCUGGUCUGCCAGCUGUUCCAGGCCUCCCGCGCCGUCAGUAAGCAGCAGAUCUUCUCCGUGCAGAAGGGGCUCAAUGACACGAUGAGGUACAUUCUGAUCGACUGGCUGGUAGAGGUCGCCACCAUGAAGGACUUCACGAGCCUGUGCCUGCACCUGACUGUGGAGUGUGUGGACCGGUACCUGCGCCAGAGGCUGGUGCCCCGGUACAGGCUGCAGCUGCUGGGCAUCGCCUGCAUGGUCAUCUGCACCCGGUUCAUCAGUAAGGAGAUCCUGACCAUCCGCGAGGCCGUGUGGCUCACGGACAACACGUACAAGUAUGAGGACCUGGUUCGGAUGAUGGGAGAGAUCGUGUCUGCCCUGGAAGGGAAGAUUCGAGUCCCCACAGUAGUCGAUUACAAAGAGGUCCUGCUGACCCUGGUCCCUACGGCACCAAGAACCCAGCACCUGUGCAGCUUCCUCUGCGAGCUCUCCCUGCUGCACACCAGCCUGUCCGCCUACGCCCCAGCCCACCUGGCUGCCGCAGCGCUGCUCCUGGCCAGACUGACGCACGGGCAAACACAGCCCUGGACCCCUCGGUUGUGGGAGCUCACUGGAUUCUCCCACGAGGACCUCGUGCCCUGUGUCUUGAGCCUCCAUAAGAAGUGCUUCCACGAUGAUGCCCCCAAAGACUACAGGCAAGUGUCGCUGACCGCCGUGAAGCAGCGAUUCGAGGACAAGCACUACGAAGAAAUCAGCCAGCAAGAGGUGCUGAGCUACGGCCAGCUGUGUGCGGCACUGGGAGUGGAACAGGACAGCCCGGAUCCCCCGUGCUUCCUCAGCACAGGAGACCUCCACGCCUUCCUCAGCUCUCCCUCCGGGAGGAGAACCAAGCGGAAGCGGGAGAACAGCCUCCAGGAGGACAGGGGCAGCUUCGUCACCACCCCCACCGCAGAGCUGUCCAGCCAGGAGGAGACGCUGCUGGGCAGCUUCUUGGACUGGAGCCUGGACUGCUGCUCUGGCUACGAGGGCGACCGGGAGAGCGAGGGCGAGAAGGAGGGCGACGUGACAGCUCCUAGCGGUGUCCUCGAUGUCACCGUGGUCUACCUGAACCCAGAACAGCACUGCUGCCAGGAAUCCAGUGAUGAGGAGGCCUGCCCGGAGGACAGGGGAGGCCAGGACCCACACUCCCCAGCGCUGGGCACCCAGACACCUCCAACCCCAGGGCCCGAGCCCCCACGCCACUUCAGGAGGGAACCGGGCAAGGACAUCACAACCUCAGGGUACUCCUCCAUCAGCAGCACAAGCCCCACAAGCUCUGUGGACGGCAGCUUGGGGGGCCCGCCCCAACCUACCUCAGUGCUGUCCCUGGGCAGCAACUCACACACACAGCCUUGCCACCAUCAGGCCAGGAAGUCAUGUUUACACUGUCGUCCCCCGAGCCCCCGCGAGAGCAGCGUUCCCCAGCAACAGGUGAAGCGCAAAAACCUAUCCAUGCAUAGUGAGGAACAGGAAGAGGAGGAGGAGGACAUGAACUUGGGUUUUCUGAAGCUGUGAGUGUGUGCCGGUGUGUUUGCUGCAGUGAAUGUUUACCGAGGGAGGCUGCUGUUUCGCCAGCAAGGGAUGGGCCACUGCAGGGGAACGCUAUUUAGACCCCAGAGGCCAUUACACAGAGAGCAAAGAGAGUAACUCGUAGCCACCAGGGGAGCCCAGUGUGCGCCCUCAGAAUGUCUGAGUCAGAAUGAAAAGCUCGGAUCCUUCUCUUUGGAAAGUUUAACCUCCCAGCAAGCAUGCCACACCGUGUGAAGGCUCUCUGUGCCCUCCUGUGUCCCACUGUCUCUGGAAACUUAAGCCCGUGUGUGUCCUGGUCUUCCCAGCGCCCCCAGAACCCCAUGCCAGCAGCUGACAGCUUUCCUGCUCAGAGUAGGUGCGACCCAGGCAGCCCCUGCCUGCAUCUGCCUGGUUUGGGCCCCAGUGGGGAGCUGACAGCUCUGAGCACAACACUGCCCCUCACCCAGCGUGGCCUCAUGGGGCGCCCACUCCCUUCUGGGUGGUGGGUUCCCUGAUGGGGAGCCCCGUGCCUCACACAGCAGCUGGAC